CUUUCUUUGGUGGUAAAAGUCGAGCCGACGUAGUGAAUUAUCGAUCGCUUUUGUGAAAAUUCUCAGACGUUCGUUCCUCGCAGUGCAAUUAACUGAGUUUGGAUAUGUGCGGUAUGUACUAAACUGAUUAUAAACGUUAAAAUUUUGAUCGUGCCCGGAUUGAUAACUCUCAAAAAUGGACGAGGAGUCCAUGUGGAAGCGCUUGGAGCCCAACCCCAGUGAUGAUAGCGCCGUAUGCAAAGCCCCGUCCUUAAACGACGAUUGGAAAUCCUUCCACGAGAAGUUGAAGCAUCCCCAGAAGUUAAACCCCGAAUCUUUGCAUGACAUAAGAUUCCAGGAGCUGGAUGGAGGGUUCUUCGAGAGGUUCGGUCAGGGUCUGCAGGAUUCGGCGGCUGAACCGGAAGCUGGCGCGGGGGUCGGGGCUCCGGGGGUCAACGGGCACGACGCCGACGCCGACGCCGCCGACGCACAAGAAUCGGACGACUCGGAGGAAUCCGCCGGCGAUGAGUCAGCGACGCCCGAGGCUGCCGAGAGGGAGGCCAGAUCCCUCUUCAUCCAGAACAUCGGAUGGAAUAUCGAAGAAUUGUAUGUUGAAGUCUUGUACGAAAUUAUACACAUAGUUGGUGCUGACUUGUCAACUGACAUUCAGAAAGAAUCUUUAUUCGCUUUUGCUCAAGAAGUGUUCAAAUUGGAUGACGAAACUCAUCAUGUUUUACUGGAAACAGCCCAGCAAAAAGAGGCCCCCAAUAUACUUUUGAAUGUGGAGGUCAUUGAAGCAAAAGAACUUUCAUCAAAAGAUGCAAAUGGUUUGAGCGACCCAUUCUGCACAUUGUUCCUAAGCUCAGCUCCAACUCACCGUUACAACACCUCUGUCAAAGGGCAGACUCUAACACCUGUUUGGGAGGAGCAUUUCUCUUUGCCAGUUCAAAACCCGGCUGAUGAUAUACUUUGUGUUGAAGUCUGGGAUUUUGAUCCAGCAGAAACUGUUCGUGAAAAAUUCACCAAAAUUUCUGAAGUAAAAGGCGUUCGUGGCCUACGGAAGCUAAUGAAAGAAAUAGCGGUAACUGCGUCCACAGGGAAACAUGAUAAUGAACUAAUAGGUGCUACUCAGAUGCCUUUAAAGCGUGUUCCAGCUGAUGGUCAGACAGUGUGGUGUAGUCUAGAAAAAAAGUCAAAGGUGAAAAGGAAAGGAACGGUGAAACUGAAAAUGGCGUUCGGGUCAGAGAAAAACACUCAAGUUGCUGCGCAGGAGCAUAGGCACAUAUUAAGACUUUUGCUACUACACCAUAUCCAAACAUCAAAGGUGCCUAUCUAUAAAUGGGAGGGAGAAUUUUCAUUACCAGCUGAAACAAUCAUUCGUCAACAUGCGGCUCAAAGCAACCUAAACAUGACGAAUCAAAGCCUAGCCAGGUGGAUUGAAUUUACGUGGAUUCAUAUUGAUCAUCCGCUAUCAUUCACUGUUUUUGCUGAACUUUCUUCAUCUAUAUUGCAGCCACUGCUAAGUGGACUCCUUUCAGAGGAAGAGAUUAAAUUUUUCUGGGACGCUGCGAAGAAACUCUUACCAUCUUGCCUGAACAAUAUUAGACGGCUGAGAAAAUCGUCUCCAGGGGAUGAACACUCAACCAAACAACUCACAGCUAUUCUAAGUACUUUAAGUAAUCUAGCUAGUCUAGAAGUGCCAAAAGAUAUGGACUUACUGCCAAAAUCAGUGUACGGCUGGCUCACGCCUGAAACACCCUCGAAUGACAUCAAGAGCGCCCUCAAUGAUGCUAUUGUUCAAGGAGCUGUUGAUUGGUUCCUUCACACAACAGAGGCAAAUAAACCAGAGGAUAGUACAGACGAGGCUAAGUUAAAAAAUUUGAUCAAAAUAGUUCUCAGUUUGAAAUCAGAUUUACAACGUGCGAUGGACCACCAUGAAAAAAUUUUCCAACAAACUAUCUCAAUUCCGUAUGCAAAAAGUAUAUUUGCCGAGUAUGAAACCAAAAUCUGUGAUCUAUGCCAACCUGUCAUUCAAGAAGUCUGUCAAAAGUUGAAGCCUUUGACUUUCACGGCAGAAGAUACCAUUCCAGAAAAUCAAUACGAAAAUGAUCCUUUAUCAAUGGGAACAACCUUGUUUGAGCUGUAUCUUGCUCUUCAACGUUUCACUGCGCACGGAGAAACGUUCAGUCGAAAUGGCGAAGAUGAUUAUAGCAUUUCAAAAUUCCACACAUGGUUUUAUCGAGGAGUAGCUCAGUGGCUAGACAUUGCUGUAUACAAAGCAAUGCAUCGAAUAGAGAAGGCUGUGGAAAUUGAUGAAUUAGAACCUGUAGAUGUCUGUGUUAAAUACAGUUCGUCAGCUGUGGAUACUUUAGCAAUUUUUUAUCAGAUCCAAAUAUUUUGGAAACAAUUGGCGUGGCCUGAUAUUGAAGGAUCAUACACUUUUGUAGCAAAAAUAAUUGAUGACAUCUGUAGGUGCUCAGUGUUUUACGCGGACAAGAUGAGUAAAAAAGUGGAAAAUAUCGGAGACGUGGAUUCUGUGUAUGAAAAAAAGUUUGAAGUAACUAAUGAGUGGUGCUUGGCGAUAAACAAUAUCGACUAUGUUCAACAGUCAAUUGCGCCGUUUGUAGAUGAACUAGGUUUAAGUAACAUUAUUGGUUCAUUAGCAGAUUUUAAAAGUUCGGCAGCUGCUGAACAUUGCAAAAAUACCCUUACACUUGUGAUAGAUAAUGCUGUUGAUACUGUUAAGAACAAAAUUAUAGAGCUUCUGGAGACAGUCGCAAAUAAGAUGACCCCAAUCAUGGGCAGAUUUCUACUAGAAGGUGCGGAAUUACUGCAUCAAGAGAGUAAUCAGGUGGAUCGUCUCAUGUCUUAUUUGGACAAUAACCUAACCACACUUCAUACUCAACUCAACAACGAUAACUUUGAAAGAAUUCUCUCUAUCAUUUGGAACAAUGUAUCAAAACUGAUGUCAGAUAUUGUCACUGAUAAUCUAGAGAAACGAAGACCACCAUCUUUCUUCUCAAGUCUUAAUGAGACUCUAGACAUUCUAGUAAAAUUUUUCAAGCAAGGCGAUUUCGAGUCGACGAGCAAUCAAGAGAUAUUGGCCAACCUCCAAGAAAUUCUGCGAUUGUACGGCAUGGAAACUCCACAGCUAAUUCAUGAAUACUAUCUGGAGAGACUGUCAGAGAUCCAAAGGAUAGAGGAUGUGAAUUGCGGCGAGCUAGCCAUCAAAGCACAGUUUGUCGACACAACAUUGAGACUGGAAAUAUUAAAUGCCAGGAAUUUACUUCCUAUGGACUCAAAUGGUCAAUGUGAUCCUUUCCUUAAGGUUUACUUCUCACCCGAGGACAAAUUUAGAAAUAUCUCAAAACCCAAAACGAAAGUUCAGAAGAAAACCUUAUUCCCUUUAUUUGAUGAAUCAUUCACCGUCCAUUUAAGUCAUGAACAGCGAAACUGUGACAAGGCUCUGCUGCUCUUUGUCGUUAAGGACCAAGACUACCUAGGAAUGAAAAAAGACUUUGUUGCGGAAGCAUUUAUCCUAUUCUCAGACAUUCCAGUCUCCACUCCAGGAACGCAUUUAGAUGAAUUGAAUCAAAUCCAUCUUCCUCUUAGUCGUCCUUCUAACAAUACUGAUUCUAAAGUUCUCCGCGCACUAGAGCACCGACAAGGAGAAAAAUUGGUGAAAGAUUUUUUGAAGACGCAGAAACAGAAAAUGAAUCCUCCUGUGAUAAAAUAAGUACCUACUUUAAAUAGCUCAGCAAAUGAUGCAAAAUAAUUAAAAGCACUUUUUGUUCUCCAUACUUUGUUUUUAACUUUAAGUUUUGUACUUUUAUUUUUUGUUUGGUUAAUUUUAGAGGAGAUGCGAACUCUAUUCAAUUUUAAUUGUUAACUAUUUCAAUUUUUUCCCAAUCAAUAGGAUACUGCAAUCAUUUCAAAACCAAAAUUAGCCCCCUGCCUUCCCUCCUGAAAAGGGGAAAAGGAAAUUCUGUGUGGUUGAAAAAAAAAAAUUUAACUGUUUUAGCUAACAAGUUUUAAGAAAUUCUUUAAAGAUCUACAAAUCACGAUUUCUAUUAUUAUUGAACCGAGGACUUACGUUCUGAAAUGUUUUCUCCUUAUAAAAAAUACCCAUGAAUUAAAUUAUCUCUUUUCUUUUACCUGUGUGGAGAUAAAACGUUCUUAAAAUCCAGGUUGACCUGUACUUCCUCAAUCAAGAUAAAAUGUUUAAAAAUCUAAGUCUGAGAAGGAUCAAUUCACUCAAAAAUGUUGUUCACUGGAAAAAUAUCUGCUCUUAGUAACUUGCCCUAAAGAAUGCCCCAGAGGCACAUUGUUGUAAAUGUUCAUGAGCAAUUCAUUAUUUUUUUUAAGCGCUUGAGUAAACCUCAUGUUUUAGUCACAAUAAUACAAAAAAACUCAUCCACUGGAUUAGAUGUAACAUCGACAAAAUUCAUACGUAUAUUCCUUCUCAAAAAAAAAAGUUUGUCCAAUUUUUCCUCUGCUCGUGAUUUGUGUGAAUGUGAUUUUAUGAAAAAAAUAUACUUAGAGUCUAGACGUAAUAUUUACUUUGAUUUGUGAAAUAAAAGCAAUCUCAUCGUAAUUUUUCAAUUUUAGUUGAAAUUAAUUAAUUUCUUUAUGUGAUAUUUCAGAUAUUCAUCCAAGCUUUUCAACUUUUUUUAUACUCUUUUGAUUUGAAGCUUGUUCCAUUUCUAAAAUGUGGCAUACUCGCAAAAAGCAACAAUACCCAAUGGUCUAAUCACGAGAAAAAUGUUUUCACUGAAUGUACCUAAUCAUUUCAUGAUUGUUGAUAAUUUGUUAUACUGAUAAUGGAACAAAAUAAAGCAUUUUCCUCUCCA